UUUUUUUUUUUUUAAAAAAAAGAAAUUACUCUGUUCAGCGUUCUUCAUGUCCAAUGAACACUCAUUACCCGAAUCUACUUUCCCGGUGCGUCCGCCUCAACGACGGUUGUUGAACAAGUACGCAACCAUCGCUACCGAUAAAUAUCCAAACAAUCUGCGCCGAGAAUUGCUCUUGUCCAAAUUUGAUCGCAACUUGACAGUUGAAAAAGCCCAUUUUCAAGAUCCUGGGGCCCACACGGACGAUUCUCUUCCUCGGCCUUCAUACCACGACCACGACGCUCCUUCACCUUCUAUACAUGCUGCACCCUCCCCCACCUCCAUUGCACACCUAUCCAAUACCGGCCAUGCCCUCUCCAAUGUUCACAACAGCCAUGGAUCGUCCAUUGAGCCAAGUAGAAUCGCUUCUUCCGCCAGCGAAACCGAGCGUCAUGGACGAACAUUUCUUAAAAAGAAAAAACGGCCCGUAAACGGCACAGCUAGCCCGGCCGAAGUUUUCCAUCGCAAUUUGGUCGAUGCCGUCUCCAACGUUGAAGGUUCCGAAGAGAAUGAACGUUAUGUAUACCCCUACAGCAAUAAUAAUAGCAAUGAACAUGAACAUACCGUGGUGUUUGGUCAACCAGUUUCCGACGACGGCCUUGCUACGGAAGAUGACGAGGAGGAGGACGAAGAGCAUCGACCAAAAUUGCGAAAUUAUGUAAGAGGUUACCCGUAUCGAUCGAGCAAACGAGAUCCAACAUGGCAGGAGCAUGGAAGCCUGAAUCCUUGGCGAACUAGUCCACAUCGUGUCCGUCGCACGCCUCGGCGAUACAAAUACACAGAUGGUUACGCCAGUGAUGAUGAAGGCAUUUUGCUAUUGCCAACAGAUUAUCGAACAGAUACCAAACAGCAAGGAUGUUUUCCUUAUCAACACACAAUUGGUUACGGACUCCUGGUUCUUUUCUUGUUGGCAUGGAUGAUCAUCUACCGAGCAAAACCGUUGUCGGAUGUUGCCAUCGAAAUGGGUCGCGUGCUAGCCUCUGACAAGGAACUGAUAUUUGACUUGCAUAUGCAAGCCAACAAUUGGAAUUAUUGGACGGUGCAAGUGGUGGAUGCAGAUAUCAGUGUGUUUGUGUUUAGCCAAAUUGUUCCAGGCGCCAUGUGGCAAAACGACAGUGUCCAAGUCAAAGGAGCUGACCCAGCAGAGUACCUGGGAAGUUUUUAUCGCUUUGAUGAACCAUUGGCGAUACCACCCGUCAUGUUUUCAAACGAACCAGCCCACGCCAUUAGCCAAAUUCGGAUAAAGUCUCCAGGAGAUGAUAAAAGCGGCAAUGAACGAUGGUCACGAAUUAUCCGAUAUCCCUAUGGUCUCAUCACCCGAGGCGUUCUGAAAUACCAGUUAUUCCCCUAUUUUGCAUCAUAUCAAUCCGUGGCCAUUUGUGACAUUGCUCAUGUGGACCCAACUACUGGCAUCGUGUCUGCAAGUCCCGAUCAGAGUUAUUGUCUAACGGAAGAAACGGUAGCGUCAAGCGAUAACUGCAAUCAACCACGUCAGUGAACCGUGGCACAAUUUUUGGUGUGUCAGCGUCAUUUGAACUUUAUAAGUUUUGUCCCCGAAAAAAAAGUCCCACGCUCUGUAGCAUAAAUAGAAAGAUGAUCCUCCUUCGAGGCGAUUGUACU